AUGUCGGCCCAAUCUCCUCGCCCCCCUACUCCGAAGGGCUCGCGCAACACCCGCAAAUCCCAGAAGAAGAACAUGACCCCCCAAUCUCAGAAACCGGGACUCUCCACACCUCCGUCGUCUCCGCCCGGCAACAUCUCAGGCGGCAUCCACACUGACUCGUCUAAUAACUUCAACUCCACCAAGAAGAAGCAAGCUCCACGGUCUGUGAAGAAGCCUCGAGAUGCCAACUCACCUGCCACUCAUAACGGAUACUAUAAUGGAAAUCAAAACAAUGGAUACUCGAACGGAUACCGAAGCACACCUAAUCACGCCAGUAUGAAGGAAAGCGCUGCCUACGCAGGGCCAACUUUCCAUGCGUCGCCUGCGCCUUCCUCUCUGCCGAUGCCCAAAUUUCUCCCAAAGUCUGCCCCGGACGCAGAUCUCGUUCCGCCAUUGGAGACUGAUAGCGACAGCGCGGAUCUCUCCCCAGAACCCGAGACAACUCCCUCUAAACACCGCAGUCGCUACUCGCCCGUGCGCCAGGAGCCGAAACCCACCGCGCUCGAUUUCAUGUUCCAGGCUGCGAAACAAGCUCAAGAGAACAAGGCAACCAGCAGUCCUGACGUGAGUCGCACCUUCCGAUCGCCGCAGACCGAGCCUGCCGCAAGAUACCAUCCAAGUGGCAUGUAUGCCUCCGAUAUGGGCAAUGAUCAUGCGCGAAGCUCGCCUAUCGGUCCGUCUUUCGCUCCAUCUUAUCAGGAACGCAUGGCCGCACUGCGCCCUUCCAGCAUGCCACAGUCGCCCGAAGUCAGUGAUGCUGAGCGCAAAGCGAAAACGGAGCAGCUCAAGGACUUACUGCUCAAUCCGCGCCCCCAGAAGCCACCUUCCAAGGCACCAUUCUCUCCGGUCUAUGGAAAUGCCGAUAUCCGCCAGUCCCCAAGUUUCGACCGCGCAUACCCAAACAUCGACAAACAUGCGCCUGGUACUUUCCACCCUUACUCCGGGAAUCAUGACCCCCGCCCAUCUAAUGUGCACCCAUUCGCAACUCCCAGUCGAGCUGCAUCUGGUCCUCCAAUGAUGUACCAGAAUCCUUUCGGGCACCCACCUCCCCAGCCGAACCCUCACCUUCGGAACCCGUAUCUGUACCCAGGCACCAACUCCCCGCUACGUGGAGGUGUUCUGCCACCGUCGAUGCCACAUUAUCAGGCUCGUGGUGCUGUCUCGAAUGGAUCCUCUCCAGGUCCGUAUCCAAAUCAACACCACCAAAGCCCAAAUCACUCGGCCCAUUGGCAGGGUUACGUCUCUCCCCAGCCGGCCUACUCGGCGACUGCAUUCCAGCCACCAACACACUCGCCGUCGCCUUUACCCUCGCAAGCUACGGAUACCCAGCAGAUUGAGAAUGAUAUCAGGCGUGUCUUGAAGCUAGAUGCUUCUUCGACAGUCGCCUAG